AUUUCCUUCUUUCUAUAGUUUGUUCUCUAUUACUUCUAUUCUCAGAUAUCAUGCAUAAUAAUGAUCCCAACUAUGGUCGAGAGUUCCUUGGCGGACAUGAGUUGGCUAGUUACGAUCGUAUCAAAGAUUUGAAGGUAUUUGAUGACACAAAAGCUGGUGUUAAAGGAGUUGUCGAUGCUGGAGCACUGUCGAAAAUCCCUAGGAUCUUUGUUCGACCAGAUGAUGAGCUCGCUGAGGAGGAGGAGGAGUUUCGUGUGCUUAAAAAUUGUGUUAACGAUGAGAAUGGUAGUAAGUUUGAGAUUCCGGUGAUUGACCUUAAAGGGGUUGCAUGGACGAAGAAAAAUGAUGUUGGAUAUUCACAACGACGUGAGGAGAUUGUCAACCAAAUUCGACAUGCGUCAGAGACAUCCGGAUUCUUUCAGUUGAUUAACCAUGGGAUUCCAAAAAAUGUGAUGGAUGAAAUGGUGAAAGGUGUGAGAAGAUUUCAUGAGCAAGACGACGAGGCGAAGAAGCCCAUGUACUCAAGAGAUCCCAACAAAAGCAUGGUGUAUUUUGAUAAUCAUUUUCAUUAUCAUAAAGCAAGAUUUGCUGAAUGGAAGGACAGCUUAGUCUGUCGAAUGUUAUCUCCUGAUAUUAUCAACCCACAAGAUUUACCGGUGACAUUCAGAGAUAUUAUGCUGGAGUACACAAAGCAUGUUAUUAAUCUGGGAGAUACUCUCGUCGAGUUACUAUCUGAAGGUUUGGGGCUCGCACUGGAAUGUACCAAGAACUUGGAUCAUAUUUGUGAUUACUACCCAGCAUGCCCAGAGCCACAGCUAACUCUGGGUAGUGGUAAGCACUCCGACUCGACGUUUUUCACUGUGCUACUCCAAGACGACAUCGGUGGCCUUCAGUUCCUACAUCAGAAAUUCUGGGUUGAUGUUAAGCCAGUCCAUGGAUCUUUAUUGGUGAAUAUCGGGGACUUACUCCAGGUGAUAAGCAAUGGAAGGUUCAAAAGCGCAGAACACAGGGUGGUGGCGAAUUUCGUUGGACCAAGAAUUUCAGUGGCAUCAUUUUUCAGCGGUUCUAAGGCAUACCGAAAGCUUUGUGGUCCAAUUAAGGAGGUGGUUCAAUAAUCAUCUUAGGCACUUUUAAGAAUAUCGCGAUUAAAGAAUAUUUAGAGCUUUAUUGGCGGCUAAACGUGUGAGCCACUUUAAGUUGUGAAUUAUUAUAGUGGAGGCGCUUUGUUGGUUUUCAUUUGUGCACAGUAAGAGGCCACUUUAAAUUGUGACCAUACCUCCGAUAAAUUUUUAAUUGUUGUGGAGGUCUUGAAAUCAGAGUUUCAGUUGUCCCAUAAAUAAUUUGUUAGUUCUUAUUUGCCAACAAUAUUGUGAUCAUUUCCACCA